AUGGACCGUGAAGAUUAUGGCCAAAUGGCAAGAGCAAUGGAUGAACAGAAGGCAGAAAUGGCAGCGACUUCUCGUGGUCUCAAGCGCGAGUCUAGUAGCGCGACAAAACAGCAGAGGAUAGUGACUCAAGAGAAUUGGAGCACGCUCAGUAACGUUGGUGUUGCAGGCGCCCAAAGCAGCGUAUACGCAUCGGCGCAAAUAUUAACCCAGUCACUUUUUGAAUCCACUGGAUUGGUCGAUAGUACAGGGCAAAAACUUCAACGGACAAAUUGCUACGUGCAAGCACCAACGCAGGACGAGAACGGCUUUAGUAAGGCUUCCCUAAGCUUUAUAUUAGGUGACCAAGCAGCGUCAACGGCUGCUCACGAGUGGGAUUUCACUCAUGAACGCCUACAAGCUGACUUCAUUGCCAGAAGCAAAAGAAUAGAAGAUUCGAUUGAAAAGGUACUUGCGACAAAUGUGGAAGAGACUGGAGUGGCGCGUAUCAGCCGCCUGGGGUCGAAUCAAAUUGCUGAUGGAAAACGCCGAGCACGAAGACCACCCAGUCGCGUCUGCAAACACGAAGGCUGUGAGCAAUACGUAGUAGACCAAGGGCUUUGUGUCCGACAUGGGGGCGGUAAACGAUGUCUCACUUCCGGCUGUACAAGUAGAGCAAAACAUCAAGGUCGUUGCUGGAAACAUGGUGGCUCGACUGAAUGCAAGGUUCCUGGCUGUAUCAACCGCGCCAAGUCGCGCGGUUUCUGCUGGUCCCAUGGCGGUGGUACCAAGUGCAAGGUUGAUUCUUGCGAAAAGAUCGCCAUUUCCAAUGCUUUAUGCUGGGCACACGGUGGAGGCAAACGAUGUGCGGUCGAAGGUUGCAUGCGUCAAGCAUAUGAGCGCACAGAAAAUCUGUGCAAUAAUCACUACCAGGAGCGACAACAUGGGACGAUGGUUGCGGUGGAGGACCAACCGGAUGUAGACAUCACCUGGAUAGCAUCUGAAUGA